GUGCGGUUGCGACCACGAAGAAGCGCCAUGUCCGACCUCCCCGCCCAAUUCGCAUGUCCCCUCUUGAACGAGACGCGCCACUUGGUGGACUGCCUGGGCUACAUCGACACAAACUACGCGUUGGGUGACACGGCGAUGCAGAAGCUUGUCAAACUCCAGAUUGAACAACAACUCGCGCAGAUGCCGCCGUGCGACGACGACCACUAUUUGGCGUAUUUACCGUGCAUGGAUCUGAAACUCGAUUCGCUCGAGAUGAAGCGAGUUGCAGCCAAGGUGAAGCUGACUUCGAUCGACACAAACAAGUACCGUGUGGUUCCUCCAGCGCCGUCGCAGUUGAAGCAGCAGAGUCAAACGGAACAACUUGAGGCGUGGCAGAAGGCGACCAAUAACGCCAAGAUCGCAAUCGAGCACCAGCAAACCAGGAUCUUGAACCUGGAGAUGCAAAAUAAAUAUGGCGCGAACAGGUGGAAACUUCAGGUGGGGGUACUCCACGGCAUCAACGAACGCUGCAAAGAUGAACUGGACGAUCUGCGGAAGCAGACGGAUCAAGUCAAUAUGGAGCGGAAGGAAGAGCAGUUGCUCAAUGCUGACAAACUUCAAGGCCUCGAGCGUAGGCGCAACGACUUGACGCUGAAAACGCAAUGGAUUCAGCAAGCGUGCAGUUCCCUUGAGCGAAAUCUUAAGCGGCUGAAGCCGAAUCCAGUCGAAUAGGUUCAUGCGGCGUGCACCCGAUCCGCUGGGCUCUUUUCUGAAGAACCCGUCAAACUUCGAGAAAUUGCUCGAGAAAGCGUCCGUCGUGUAAUAACAACAAUUAAAUUGAAUUGAAAUUGCUUGAGAAA